CUCACAGAUCAGUCCAAUCCUAACGGCCUGCUUAUACCUGCUUAUGAGCUGCAUGUGAGCUGCAGAGACAGACUGGAGGGAGAGAAAUGGGCGGGCGGCUCUGUGUUGUAUAUUCAGGGCUUCCUGGAACAUGUGCUACACUCUGGCCGAGGUUGGAAACCGUGUUCGGUCACUGCUGAGGCGCACUUCUCCAGACGCGCUCGGAGACGCUCUGAGGAGUUCACUUUCUCACUGACAGGUGGAGGAGCGUGCCAGAAUGGACUUCAGGGUGAGCUUGCUGCUCCUGUCUCUAGCUGUGGUCGUGGUGUCUGGCCAGAAGAAACGCCCUGCUAAAGGGGAAUGGAAUUAUCGUGAUGGCUCGGAGAAGGUGAACAUGCGAGGCGUGGCCAACCUGACUCAAGUUCUGGACGACUGGAGGUUCGGUAUCAUGAGCAAAAUGAAGCAUCUUCUACAGAAUGACCACCAGACCCUGUUGCCGGACUACUCCAGGAUCCAGCCUCUCUCAGAGGCCUUGGAUGACCUGUACAAGGAGUUCAAUGCUCUGAAGGCUCACCUUGGAGACCUGACGGAGAAGUUUGGGCCCAUUGAGACUUUCAUUGACGAGCUGAAGGCGGAAAAGGCCGCCGGAGGUACAACCGGAGCUACAACUGGAGAUGCACCCGGAGCUGCAGGUUCCCCCCAAUUACGGAGGAGAGUGAUCAAGAAGAAAACUCCACCCUCGUGAAAGCGAGGGGCUUUCUGAGAAAUCCCAGAUAGAGCUGGCACUCUCUCCAAAGCCAUAGACAGCAAAUCACCAUGAUAUACGUUUGUGUGGUGCUUUCUUAUCCGUAGAGCUUCUCAGUCUUUUUAGCAUCUCGUUACUGCAUGUUGCUGGGAAACUGGUGAUAUACAAUAUGCUGACCAAGGUAAAAUUAUACCCCCCACACACCCCCUCUACCCCGACUGGGGAAUGUAGGAGCAUGCAUUGAGUAGAUGGUAGGCUAUGUAGUAGGUUAUCUUAUGAUAGCACAUUGUAUACAUCAUCUCAGAUUAUGUUAUAUACGUAUAUAUAUCUAUAUAUGUGUAUGAGUUAUCACCAUCCACAAUCAUAUCUGAAAACCACCCUUUACAUUGAACAUUUCAUGAAAAGGACCGAUGGAAAGGGUUCAAAAUAGAAUCUGGUUAAACAUUAAAGGGCCCAUAUUAUGGAAAACCAAAUCUCCCUCUCUGCAAUAAAUUUGAUCUAGAAUAUAAACACCGUGCACGUUUCAAAAUGCUGUGCUCACUGCCCAGUCCAUGCAGUCCGUAUAUGGAAACUAGGCUGAUUUGAAACCACUGGUUUUAUGAUGUCAUAACAAACCAGUGCAUUACAUCUGUCCACUUGAAGUUACGAUCUAUCACAUUGAAGUUAUAAGGAGUGCUUCAGCCUUGGCUGCUUAUUGAGGCACACUACAGAUUAGCCAUUCGGAACAGAGCUCAUUUACAUAUCGCCGCUGUCCACUGAAAACCAUGCAUCUCCAUUUUUGUCGAUUUUUAUUUCUCUACAUCAUUUCAACACGCCAGCUGUCCUUAAUGUCGUGUGAAAAUUUCACGAUGAACGGACCAAUGAAAGUGCUCUAAAAUCACUUGGAAUAAAAUCUCUUUACAUUAAGCUACAUUGGAAGGUAAGAGUGUUUUUGCCCUCUCCUGUAAAGUUACCAUUUUGGAGAUAUUCGUUUUCCAUUGGACCGCGACGGUAUAUCAGUCUUUAAGGCACAAUAAUAAAAAAAAAGCCUGUUUAAUUCUAAGGAAUAAAGAGAGCUUGGAAAAAUAACCGGUGAUGCGAAACAGCACAAAUUUCAUAAGUGAAAAAGAAAUUGUAAUAAAAAAGGAGAAUAUGGGCCCUUUAAGGAGGUUUUGUCUUAACAGUGGCAACAUGCAAAUCGCAGUAAAUCCAAUUAGAUGAUACAAAAAUAAACACUGCAAACAAGGUAUAGGAGAAAUCCUACAUAACUCUUAAUGACCAAUGACGGGCCUCUUCUGACUCGCACGGCACAUUUCUGAUAUAUGAGCUAAUUCAUCAGAAACAUCACUGUUACACCUGUCUGGAGAGCGUGGGAAUGUGGCGCUUAAUGUCUUCUGGCUCAUAAUUGCAGUCUUGCAUAAGCUACAAAUAAAGUGUCAUUUGCAUAUAUUA